UUAAAGGGGACUUUUUGAAAGGUGAAGUGUGUAAUUGAUGGUACUAGUGAUACAGAAUGGAACUGAAAUGUUUAAAUUUGAGGGAGGACACUAAUCUUUUACAUAAUAUUUUAUCCUUUGCAGCCAAUUUCUGCUGACUGGAAGGGCAAAGAAAGAAGACACAGGAUGAUCUAUGUGCUUCAUUAACUGUCAUCAUUGGUAAUUAUACAUUUUUUAUUUAUGAAUCUAUAAAAUAAAAAAGCUUGUUAGAAUUUUGAAAUUGAAAUUAUUUUUAUUAUUAUCAGCAUAUAUAAUCAGCAUAUGUUUUCUCUCUAGGAGUUAACAGAGACUGUGAUGUCUUCAAUGCAAAAACUGCAGAUUCAAAUAAGGAACGUGACAGGGGCCUGACAAACUAUUCUUGAGUUGUAUUUGAUGUGGAAAUAUUCUACCACAAAUUUCAAGGCCAGCAGAUAUUUGAAGAUGAAACCUUAUGUCACCUCUCACUUUAGAAAUGUUCUUUUUCCAUGCUCACAUUUCUUGAUUCUCUUUUGAGUGUUAUAUUUUCUCAUUUCAUCCUUGGAUAUGUUUCUGUGCAAGUGGUCUUUUCAUGACUAGACAGUUUUUUUUAAAGAUUCCUUUUUCUAUCACGUUCAUUAAGCCUCGAACUACAGGUUUCUCAAAGGAGGUAUGUGAAAAGGUAACACCAAUUAUCAGGUCUGAAUGUUUGGUUCGCCAAUCAUUUUAUUUUUUUAUAUCUGUGACGUUAAAGAUCUGUGCUUCAGCUUACACUUGUCUGACCUAAUGUUCAUUUUUAGGGACAUUCCACCAAUUGCAUGUGAUUUGUUGAUGACCAAACUGGACUUGGACUUGGAGGAAGAUCUCAAAGCAUUACAAAGCUUUUUAAAGCUUUUGGAGAGAUCGAAGUGAAUCAACAGGUCAUAAUUUAUCUCAUUCCGAACCUCUUACUAUUGAAAUGUGUGCACUUUCCUUAUCAAAAUUUUGUAUAAAUAUUCAGUUAUAGAACUUCAAUCAAAAUGUCCCUUUCUUUUGGAGAAAUUAUCCCUUGCCGUGAGACUGUAAAAUCUGUUGAAAGCAGACUGGAGAUGGAAACAUGACUAUGGCAGAAUGCCACUUCUGACUGUUUGAAUUGCUUUGAUGUCUAAUAUGACUUGUUCUGUUCCAGAGUUAUAUUUGCUCAAUAUUGAAGACAACAAGGUCAUAUAUGUAAACUGCUAGGAAAUGUUGACCAGUUUUCAUAUUAAUUGCAUGUCUCUCUUGUGUCUUUAAACAUCUCACCAUUUAAAUAAGGAAAUGUGAAGAGGUCCCAAAGGGAAAGCUUGGUCUGUAUAUGCAUGGUGUUAUUUUCAUUAAUUUCAUAAUUUAUUACACACAUAUGUUCUAGACAGUUUAAUGCAUGUCAAACUGUUCUUUUCUGUUUCCCUCUAUAUGUUCUAAAGCUUAAGGCUGAGGCUCGUUUAUGUUUUUCCUUCACGUUAUAUAAGUUUGACUUUCCUUCAUCCUUCUGCUCUGCCUGAGAUUUGCCUUGUUUGUGCCUUUUAGUUUCUCACUUUCUUAUGAAGUUGCUAUAUGUUAAGCAUAGACCUAAAGCAGCACCGUUUUCCUCUGUCUGGUCUCUGUCCACCACCUAACCUAAGCAAAACUAUUGCUAAAACUGAAAAACUGCAUUGAAACUGGAUUCUUUAUUUUACUGCACCUAACAACUUUGAGACUUUGCGUUCAGUAAAAUCGUCCAGACAGUUUCCUAUAGUGGACAGACCACUCAAGUAGAGACUCUUUAAAGAUGUCGGAGAUGAUUUCUAAUGUGAUUGUGUUCCGUCUCUGGGCAAUGAUUGGCUGCCGGGAUCUUAAUGACAAUAAGGACUCUUUCAGGCCAUAAGCCUCACUGUGGAAUACAAUCUACAACUCAUAUAUUGGAUGUAUGGGAUAUAUUAAUAUAUCGCUGCAUCCAUAUUUUUUAUCCACUUUGACCCUGGCAAAAUCUUGAAAGCUUAAUUUCUCCCAGACUUUUUGUAGUCAGUCUGUGGUUGCCAAUAAUGGGGGCUGCUCGGGUGAAGCGGCGUUUUAGUGUGGUUUUGGACACCCCUCUGGAUGAGGAGGAAAUAAUGAGGCUGGCACAGAGUGAUGAUGUCACUUCCUCCCAGUCAGGCACACUUCCUUCGCCCAACUACAAUGGCAAAGUGCUUAACCUUCACCAUAGCAAUGGAGGAAGGAGUGGAGAGAGGGAUGUGGAUGAUGAUGAUGUGGAGGAUGACGAUGAUGAAGAUGAAGAAGGGGGAGGGAGGAGGGGAGGAGGAGGGCAUGGCUCGGUGCUCAGGGGGGAGUCUGGGGCAGAAGGGAGCUCGGAGAGGAGCAAGAGAAAGUCCUCGUCUUCCUUCUCGCCCUCGCCACCCCAGGAUCGCCGCAGCCAGUCCCGCCGGCCCCGACGGCGCUUUGUAAGCAAGGACGGGCGCUGCAACGUCACCUGCGUCAACAUGAGCGAAAGGGGCCAGCGCUACCUCACUGACCUCUUCACCACCUGCGUGGACAUCCGCUGGCGCUGGAUGCUCGUGGUGUUCACCCUCUCCUUCUUGCUCUCCUGGCUUCUCUUUGGUUUCACGUUCUGGCUCAUCGCCGCCGCUCACGGGGAUCUGGCGACCCUGGCAUCAUCUUCAUCUUCUCCUUCAUCUGUUCCCUCCACUCUGGCUGCUCUGGAACCAGUAGAGGAUUCCAGCCGGGUGGAGAUAGUGGCAGAGACGGAGGAACGCUGCUUUCAGCAGGUGAACAGUUUCAUGGCAGCGUUCCUCUUCUCUCUGGAGACGCAGACGUCUAUAGGAUACGGCUUCCGGAGUGUUACCGAGGCCUGCCCCCUGGCGGUGCUGGCUGUCGUGUUGCAGUGCAUUGUGGGCUGCAUCAUCGACGCUUUCAUCAUUGGGGUGGUAAUGGCUAAGAUCGCCAAGCCCAAAAAGCGCAAUGAGACACUGGUGUUCUCAGAUGUGGCCGUGGUGGCCAUGAGGGACGGGAAACUCUGCAUGAUGUGGCGAGUGGGAAACUUGCGAAAGAGCCACCUGGUGGAGGCCCAUGUGCGAGCACAGAUACUGAAGCCACGGGUGACCCCUGAGGGUGAGUUCCUGCCAUUGGACAAUGCAGACCUAAACGUCGGCUUUGACACAGGAACAGAUCGCAUCUUUUUGGUGUCACCUGUGACAAUUGUGCAUGAAAUUAAUGAGGAGAGCCCCUUCUUUGAAGCGGACAAACUUACACUAGAGGGAGACAAAAAGAUGGAGGUGGUGGUGAUUCUGGAGGGCAUGGUGGAGGCCACUGCCAUGACAACCCAAUGCCGGUCUUCAUACCUGGCCUCUGAGAUCCUCUGGGGUCACCGCUUUGAACCUGUGCUCUUUGAAAGGAAGAACUGCUACCAGGUGAACUACUCAUACUUCAACAGGACUUAUGAGGUCUCGGACACGCCGACCUGCAGCGCCAAAGAGUUAGAUGAGAAAAAGUACAUCCUGGGCUCCCGUUCCUCCUUCUGUUAUGAGAACGAGGUGGCUCUGCAGCUCUCCUCUGUCCCUCCCUGCCCUGACCAGUUCUCUUCAUCCCCCUGUUCUUCCCCCUCUCCCUCACCCUCUUUCGUUCAGCCCACACCACCAUAUCGACAAGACUCCUGCAGUGAGCACCCACACAUACACUGAGCCAUGCGGCUGGGAUGAAAGGGCAAGGGGAAAGCAGCGGUCAAAGAAAGAAAGGGGGAUGGAGAAAGAAAGGGAAAGGGUCAGGAUGGAGGGAGGAGUUGGAACCGGGGGUACAGAGAGAGAGAGAGAGAGAACCAGCAAAUGGACAAAGGCUGGAAAGACAGACUUGAACAGGGGACUAAGGCAAAAAGGACCAUAAAGGGACAGUGUAGGACUGAUUAAUGACAAAAGGUCAUGCUUAAGAUGGGCUGAGAAAAGACAGAAUGCACAAAAGAUGGAGAAUAGAAAAGGGAAAGGGGCCUCUCACCGCCUGGGAGAAGAGAACGAAAGAGCAAUAUAGUGGGGUGAAUUCACUAAACGGUUGCACCAAUGCAGUACUUCGCAAUGCGUCUUAUUUGCUAACCCCCAGUAAUCCUGCUUAACCAAAUGCUAUCAAAGUUUCUUUCAAGGCGAGUCAAUUCAGACAGCCAUCUUGGAAUCACAGCUAUUUUCAGUAGUAUAAGUAUAGCUCCUAUCAAACUGGGCAAACUGGACUGAAAUCUCACAUUUCAAUAACAUAUUUCAAAUCAGCAACAUGUUCUGACUUGAAUGAUAUCAUGAACUAAAAGUAUAUUAAUAAAAAACUGUAUAUUUCACAUUGGUCCAGGUGAAAGACUGUUUGAGGAGUGACAUAUUUAUGUAGGCCAGCUUGGAGAUAAGCAUCACCCUGCUUCCCUCGACAAAAAGCCAAUAGGAUUUUUCCAUUAUUAUUAUAUCAAAAAAUAAGAGGUAUAAGACAUAUAAGAGGUUAUUGUACUAUAAAAACAUCCUGUAAGUUUCAGACCUCAAAACUUUUCCAUUAGUCUAAAAACAGCUUACUAAAGCCAAUAUUAAAGCCAAACUGCCAAAAAUGACAGGUUGUGGAAUGUGCCACUUUAUGACGUAAUAGUGUGGCUAAACUCCGCCUCUGCAGAAGAUCAACGCCUUCUUCUACAUCACUGCGUGUUUUGCCCCGCCCACUGAUUAGUUUCUGUAGUGUAAAUAAUGAGAGAGGCAAAUGCAGGUCUACGCAGAAACCAAGCGAUAAAGAUGCUCCAAAGAAAGCAAGGCACUGUGCAGAUCCAGACCUCGUUAGUAAGAACUUGGUUCUUUGUGCACAGAUUCAUUAGUGGUGUAUUUUACGGUAUGUUGUAGAAUAACGUAAAAAAAUAUCUCAAGCUUGUGUUAUUACAAAUAUUUAUCCAAAAACCCAUUCAGAAAACCCACUGACUUGUUGACAACGGAACCAGAAGUUCACAAAUGCUAACUAGUUUUGGGGUUUUUAGGACUCAUUCUGCUGUUAUUAAGCACCAAGAAUUUUUGUGAAGACCAAACCAUGACUUUGCGUUUCAACAUUUCAACGUUUCAACAUUCUCCUAUUCACCUAUUCACUCUGAUCCAAUCUUAACUGGUUUGGCAGUGUACUGUAUUGAAAUGUACUCACUGACGCUUCAUUCAUUUUUUGUGAUUUCCCCCCUAAAAUGUCGGGGCUUUGUAGAGAAAGAGCUUUCAGAUGGGGUCAGAAAGGAGGAAGGUAAAGUCUGAGUCAGAGUGCAGGAGAAUGUAGUAACACGGGAGAUUCAGGUCAGUCACACAGAAAUGAGGUCAAAGACUCAAUGACCAAAAACAGAUCGAACUGUGGCGGAAAAUAAAGAGUGAAGGGGGAAUAUAGAGGGAUUGAUAGAGAAGGUCAUUGUGACAUGAGGAGAGCUGCAACACCGAACCAGUGGGCUGAUUGAACCUGGCGAUCUUUUAGAAUCAACAAGAGCUGCAGUGGCUCCAGCAUGUGCACCUGAUAAAGACACAACAGUGGCCCCUAGGGGCCGCAAACAGUAUGAGCGAUUUUACAGUUUAGAAAUUGGAAGGAAAUACCUAUUACACGUAACCUCUUAUCACAAUAUAAUACACAAGUAAAGAAUAGAAAAAAGGUCCUCUCAAAAGUUGCGAGAACUUUUGUGUCUUGUAUUGAAUGUCGGAGGGCCUGCUAGAGUCACUGCAAAAUAGGAAACUACUGAAAUUCUGCAGCAUUUUCAAGCAGUUUCUCUUAUGUAUUAUAUUUUUUAUUUUCUAUUUAUUCAAGUUUGUACAAUUUUGUAUCAUGAUACACAGACAAUUAUGUGAAGCACUUUCAAAAUAAUUUUUAAUAAUGUAACAUACCAUAUUUUUCACAAUUGCACAGACCAAAAAUGAAUGAGUUAAUUGUAUGUAUGGAUACACACACACACACACACACACACACACACACACACACACACACACAUACUCAUUGGACAGCACAUCUGUCAUCAGCCACUGUUUGGAUUGUUGACUUUCAUGUUUUGUUUUUUUUUCUUCUGUGUUUCAUAACUGUAACUGGUAAAUUUGGUAACUAUAUGGAAAAUGACUUAUUAUACUCUGAAGUAUUGUUAUAUCAUGACUGGGGCAUCUGUCGUUUUUCUGUCUCAUUCAUUCUUAAACAACCACACAAACAUUCUGACCUAAAGCAUGCUGCUGGACAGGUUUUAUUCUUGUGUUUUUGUAAUUAGUUUGCCGGCGGUGUGCCUUUGAAGGUGGGCCUGCUUGUUUGGAGGUUUUAGGGAAUAAUGGAGAAAUUCAGGAUUUAUUAUGCUGAUGCUAUAGGCACAGACGGAACAGACAUUUUCCAUACUUUCUGUGCCAUUAUUUUUAGAAGAAUCUGUUUAAUUCUAUAUUUGCUAAAAUGUUUUAGCACAUUAAAAUGUUUAACAUUGAAACAAUGUCUCUUUGCUUAAGUGGCAUUUUAUUAUUAUUAUUAUUAUUAUUAUUAUUAUUAU